AUGGAUGUAGACGAACCACGGCCGUCUCCAUUCGAGGCCUCAAAUUCCUCCCGCCAGGCUCCAGUGCCACGCGCAUCCUCUCUACCGCCUGUCUUAAACCCGUCAAAUAUAGAGGUCGGAUAUGUAUAUUCCACUCUAAUGAUGACACACACCAAUACCCGUGGGCAUCACGAAGAGCAACCUGACCGUAUCUCACGGAUCUUCAACUUACUCAAAGACUCGAAUUGUCUCGCCAGGAUGAGAAGGCUCCCAAUCAGACCUAUCACUCGUGAAGAGGCACUGCUCGUCCACAGCGAAGCUCUCUGGGAGAAGAUCCUGGCGAUACAAUCCAUGACAGAGGAGGACAUAGCCGAUUCCGCCGCGUACUACGACGAACUCUCUCUUUAUGUACAUCCGACAACUCCGUAUUGCGCGAAACUCAGUGCCGGAGGUGUCACUGAAGCCGCACUAGCGGUCGCGCGCGGUGAAGUCAGAAAAUCCUUUGCUAUUGUGCGGCCGCCUGGCCACCACGCAGAGCCGGACGAACAUAUGGGAUUCUGCUUCCUAAAUAACGUGUCCAUAGCCGCGAAGGUAGUGCAACUACGGUCGUCUGUCAAGAGAAUCAUGAUCUCGACUGGUCAGGAUGUCCAUCACGGCAACGGAACGCAACGGGCGUUCUAUGAUGAUCCCUCCGUUCUGUACAUUUCUUUGCACAGAUAUGAGGGUGGCCAUUUCUACCCUAAUGGUCCGUUCGGCAGCAUGGUGUCCUGCGGUCAAGGCUCGGGAUUAGGCUUCUCCGUCAACAUUCCUUGGCCGGAAAGGGGCAUGGGCGAUGCAGACUACCUUCUAGCUUUCCAAAAAAUAGUCAUGCCGAUUGCAUUGGAAUUUUCCCCAGAAUUGGUUAUCAUCUCAGCUGGGUUCGACGCAGCGGAGGGCGACACACUCGGCGAAUGUCACGUCUCUCCGACAGGCUAUGCCCAUAUGACGCACAUGUUAUCUUCGCUGGCGAAUGGAAGGCUUGUCGUUGCUCUCGAGGGCGGUUACAAUCUCGACGCGAUAUCUGUCUCUGCACUAGCGGUCGCUCGAGUAGUCUUGGGCGAGGUUCCUCCCCAACUUGAGCCCAUGGUGGCUUCUGAGGUUGCGACCGAAACCAUAUGGCAUGUCGCUAUGGAGCAAACCAAAUACUGGAAAAACAUCGACCCUAGUGCUUGCGAGCCAUUGGAAGAGAUCGAGCCCAUCACGUUCUCGAUACCCGAGCUACUCAAGGCACAUCGGCAGGACUACCUCUUCCGGACUCACAAGAUGCUCGAGGUCCCACUUAUGACCCAAGGACUCAUCGACCGUUUCAGCACUCAAGUAGCUUGCACGCCCGACAUCAUGGAAAACCAGACGCUGGUCGUCUUCGUUCACGAAUUUGGAAACCUAAGAGUAGAACUAGACUCUGCGAUGUAUUGUGAUGUACAUCUGGAACACUCAUACCUGGUAGACUGCUCGAAACAGCUGAUUACCUGGGCAAGAUCUACGGGGUACGCCCUGCUGGAUGUCAACGUGUAUGCGAAACCAUUCGUGAAGUCAAAGGUAGACCGUCUGCAUGAUUCGCCGGGAAUGAUAUCUCAAUCUCGGUCAGAUGUUAUGACGUACCUAUGGGACAACUACGUCCAGCUCACGGCGGCCCGUCGUGUCGUAUUGAUUGGACAUGGUCCGGGGUGUGAAGCCCUCAUGGGGCUCAUGCGGCAACGGUCGGUGGGCGUGAUGCGAACUGUACAGGGUAUUGUGCAAGUUGUUGGGAACCACAAUGUUCCGUUACUCCCGGAGACCUGCCAACUUACGCAAUGGUAUUUCAAGAACUCACUCGUGUUCGUGCCGCAAAAUCAUGUGGCGUUCCGAGACAAGAAACUUAUGCGAAGCACGGUCAAGUCAUGUUCAGCAGUGAAGGAAACGCAGGCUGUGAAGCUGAUCAUUCAGGCUUUCCCUGUCAUCCAAGAGUUCGUUACGGAACGGCUUGGGCCGGCAGCAGGUGCCAAGGUUGUGAAUGGCACCUCCUAG